CAAUGGAAGAACGAGAAGCUGUUUACAAGGGGGUGUAGCGUUGCUGGGGUGACGGGACAAACGUCCUGCAGCAGCAGGUAUUAAACUGAACCCGGAGCUCCUGACGCCCUGGAGACCUUGAACUGAGGCACGCGCACACGCACGCACAUUCUCCUGCAGUUACCGGAUAAAGUUUCUCUUCAAUAAGAGCUUCUGUGUUAUUGGAUGUUAUUUCCUUAUCAAUCAAGCAGCCUAUCAAUAAAGACAGGAUUUAGGACCAUGCUGUCCAUGAGCUGCUCGGACCCCUGGCCGGAGGGCUCGGUGGGUUUGGAGGAGGAGGUCGUGACCGCCGCCACUCGUGCGGAGCUGCUGGACCAGAGCUACGCCGAGUCCAACAUCAGCACGUGCAGCUCCGAUAAUCUAGACGACAGUCUGACGAGCCUGCAGUGGCUUCAGGAGUUUUCAAUCCUCAAUGCCAGCGGUGGGCAACCCCAACCUCAUCACCAAAGUCACUUCUUCGGGAGUCAGGUGGGCUCGGAUGCACCUGCGUCUCCUUUAGCCGGAGAUCCGGCCUCUAUCGGUAUGCCGCUGACCCCAGGGAAACCCACGGCCGCGUCUUUCUACAGGGUCCCGUCCAUGGCGGCUCUGCCCAGCCUGGUUGCGCACGGUCACUGUCCGGAUGAAGUCGAUUACAAGACCAAUCCUCACAUUAAACCACCGUACUCAUACGCCACUCUCAUCUGUAUGGCGAUGCAGGCCAGCAAGAAAACCAAAAUCACCCUCUCGUGCAUCUAUAAAUGGAUCACGGACAACUUCUGUUACUUUCGCCACGCGGACCCCACUUGGCAGAACUCCAUCCGCCACAAUUUAUCGCUGAACAAAUGCUUUAUAAAAGUCCCAAGGCAAAAGGACGAACCGGGAAAGGGCGGCUUUUGGAAAAUCGACCCCCAAUACGCGGAGCGUCUCCUCAGCGGUGCCUACAAGAAGCGCCGAAUGCCCCCUGUGCAAAUAAACCCGGCUUUUCAGAACCGACUCAGGAUGAACUCCCAAGCAGGACAACCAGUAUUCGGCACAGGAAUGGCCGGAAGUCUUUGCGUGGGUCCCGAGUCCCAACAGCUCCUGAAGGAGUUUGAGGAAGCCACGGGAGGCGAUCAGAACUGGGAUCCUCGUUUGGCCGAGGCCACUAUGCUUGGCUGUUGGGUCUCAGGGAAGGGCAACAAGAGGAAGCAGCCAUACGCGCACAGGAUGGGCAGCAAAGCUCUGCGACGUUCAAGCUCUCCGCUGCUGUCCAUGGACGAGCAGGAGGAUUUAAGCUCUCUUAAAGGCAACUUUGACUGGGACGCCCUGCUGGACUCAGCUCUGAAUGGAGAGUUGAGCUUGAACGAAGGGAGUCUGUUGAGCCCCUUAACACGUGAUGAUGACCUGAUGAUCAGGGGCACUCAUAUCAGCCCACUGGAGGCGCCCGGUGGUGUGGUUGAGGGCCACGUCUUGAUGGAAACCCAAAGGAGCAGCGAAGUAGACUUUGACGAAGAAACCUUCAUGGCCACGGCGUUUCUGCAAAGUCCCUGGUCGGAGGAGAGCGCACGUCCGGAUUUCCUUUGCAGCUCAACGAUUAAUAUUGAUCAGCUGUUUGACUUGGGAGAGUCUCUCGCAGGUGACCUAAGCAUUAAGAUCGAGUCUCUCCUUUGAGAAGUCAUUAGUGAGACAUUAGAGACAAGUCCAUUGGGCAUAAACAUGAACAAGGAGGGUUAAGACUGUUUACCCCCGAUGAUUUCAUACUGGAUUCCAUGAAACCCAUUUUUAAAGGUGUAUCUAUUUCUAAUACAGAUUUUUUUGGGAUUAUGCGUUUUGUAUUUGACAGUUAUCUACCUUCAUUGAUCUACGAGCUAAUCUAAUCCGGAUUAUGAAACGCAUGUUGGGAACGCCAACGAUUCGUGGACAGUAGCACUGGAAAUAACAUUAAAAAAGAUAAAUGUUGUUGUUUACAAUCUUAAUUUACAUAAUAGAUCAAAAGUGAACGAGUUUAAGUUGUUUUAUUUGAAGAAACGAACAUUUAUAACGUAUCUUUAAAGUAUGAACAAACUCUGCAAGCAGAGCAAAAUGAGUUUUUGUAACUUUGACUAAAGUGUACAUUCAGUGAAAUCAAUGUUGUUUAGAGAAUUGUUGAAUCUAGAUUUAAAGAGAACAAGUAUGCAGUUUAUUUUCGUGUUGAAUGACUGAUUUGGUUAAAAUUUAACAGCAAAACUGCACUAGAAUGAUGAAUGAGAUUAAGGGGCUCCUACCCAUGUGUGUAAUUUAAUGGACAACGUACAAAAGCUGUCGAUGGGGCGGUACCUUGUAAAAAGGUUUUUUUUGAGGACGCACAAUGCGAAGCUAAUCACAACAUGUAUGUAGCCCGUCAUGUGUGUUUCGUCAUUUUAAAAUAUGUGUUCGGCGCGUCAUAUCAAAAUACACGCCUGCUGCAGACGCCUCGAAGGGGUUUAUGAUAAAAGUGACGCUUGCGUUUGCUAGAUACUCCCUUAGGGGCUGUCCACACGGAGACGCGAAUCACUGUAUACGCAUAAAUUUGUUAUCGUAUUGGCGUUUCAUCCACACGGAUCCGGCGAUUUCAGAGAGUGAAACCGCUAUUUUUUGAAACCUGGUCCUAAAGUGGAUAAAUCUGAAACCGACACCCUUGCGGUUUCGUCUGUACAGCCAAUCCGUAUAUUUUGUGAAGCGAAAACGUCAUCACAUCACGUGUCGGAAGCGUCACACGUAACAGCAACAACAAUAACGGCGGACUAUGUGAUUGCGUUCGUGCUACAGAAGCAACUAAAGCCUACUAGCUUUAUUACAGCAAAAUCUAUUGCUUCUAUGCAAUUGUGGUGACCAACAAGCGAUAAUGGACAACACCAUACGUUGGUUAUGCGCAUGCUCAAAGUCUUCUUCUCCGUGUAUAGUUUAUAUCUGUAGCAGAAUUACAGCGCCCCAUACUGGUCCGGCAUAUAUACUACACCGGUUUCAGUCGGUUUCAGUGGCUUCGUGUUUACGGAUUAUUUUUUUAGAGCAAGGAAAAAAAAUGAUCGGAUAGGGAAUGCACCGGCUUCGUGUGGAUAUAGCCUUAAUCUCAUGUGUAAUCAGAGUUUACUGUUAAGUUAGUGUCUUGCUAGUAUUUUGGGAACGUGAGCGUCUCUUUUAUUAUAAACCCCUUUCAAAACUUGUGCAGCAGGCACGUAUUUUGACAUGACGCAUGAUGCACCGAACACAUAUUUUGAAUUCGGAAGAGAAGUCACUGGUCGCUACUGAUAAAGUGUGCAUAUUAAUACCUUAAAGGUACAUUGUUGUACCUAAAUGGUACAUAGAGUACCAUCCCAGUGACAGCUCUUGUACCUUUUUUUCUGACGGUGUAGGUUUAAGUGUUUGUGCCAAACUUUCUCUUUGUCAGCUGAAUUCUUGCUCUUUUGAUAGCUGUCUACAUGCACAUCUAUUGUUGUAACCGCUAUUUGACAUUGUGUUACAUUGAGAUCAUACAUGAUGAUAUUUUUCA